GCCCCGCAGAUGCAAGACGGGUGUUGUGGUGUUGUGUUGAGCACCGGCUUCAGAAAUCGCGUUCAACUAACGAAGUUUCGCAGUUUCGUUUUCUUCGCCAUCACACCAUCAUGACAGCGUUUGAAGAGAUGGGUGUACUCCCCGAGAUCGGGAAAGCUGUCGAAGAAAUGGACUGGAUGUUGCCAACUGAUGUCCAAUCUGAAGCGAUACCUCUCAUUCUCGGCGGUGGCGAUGUUUUGAUGGCAGCAGAGACUGGAAGUGGCAAAACUGGUGCUUUCUGCUUGCCCAUUCUUCAAAUUACAUGGGAAGCCUUGAAGGACUUAGAAAGUGGAAGAGGACAAAAAGCAGGAGCAGGAGACUCCUCCCUCUCAACCCCUUGGACCUUAAGCUUCUGGGAUCGUGACUCGUCUAUGGCGGUAACUCCAGAUGGGCUACGCUGCCAAUCUCGUGCCACCAACUGGCAGGGUUGCAGAGCUACUAAAGCUGUUCAAAGCUCUGGAAAGUAUUACUAUGAGGCAACUGUGACUGAUGAAGGAUUAUGUAGAGUGGGCUGGAGCACUCCUCAGGCUGUGCUGGAUCUUGGAACAGAUCAAUGGGGAUAUGGGUUUGGUGGUACAGGCAAAAAAUCGAACAACAAAAACUUUGAUUCCUAUGGUGAAUCAUUUGGUAUUAAUGACACCAUAGGAUGCUAUUUGGAUUUAGACAACGGCGAAGUCUCAUUUAGUAAAAAUGGCAAGCACCUUGGUAAAGCUUUCAGCAUAGCAGAUAAUGCAAGGAACAAGACUUUUCACCCUGCUGUUGUUUUGAAGAAUGCUGAAAUGGCUUUCAACUUUGGAGCAGCUCCUUUCAAAUACCCUCAUGAAGCUGGCUUUAUUGCUUUGAGUGAGGCUCCAAAAGAGCUUGUGCGUAGCCCUGAGGCAACCCCAGUAAAAGUUGUGAAGGAUGCUCCUCAAGCCAUUAUACUCGAGCCUUCCAAAGAGUUAGCAGAUCAGACAUUUAACCAGUUGAAUCUGUUUAUGAAGUUUGUGGACAAGCCUAAAGUGCGUACAGCACUUGUAACUGGGGGUGUCAGCGUCAAUGAAAAUAUUUCUGCUUUAACCAAAGGAGUUGAUAUUGUUGUUGGGACGCCAGGGCGAUUGGAGAGUCUUAUUUCCUCAGGCCAUCUCUCAUUAAAAGCUUGUCGCUUUUUUGUUCUUGACGAAGCAGAUGGUCUCCUCAAGCAGGGCUAUGCUGACCUCAUUAAUAACUUACAUCGCCAAAUCCCCAAAGUUACUGCUGAUGGUAAUAGACUUCAGAUGAUUGUUUGCUCUGCUACUCUCCAUGACUUUGAUGUUAAGAAAAUGGCGGAACGAUUAAUGCACUUUCCCACUUGGGUUGAUCUGAAGGGGGAGGAUGCUGUCCCAGAAACUGUUCAUCAUGUUGUGGUCAAAGUAGAUCCACAACAAGAUCGUUCAUGGGAAACCUUACGAAAACACAUUUUGACUGAUGGGGUUCAUGUCAGGGACAAUGUUCGCCCUGGCAAUAAUACUGCAGAGACUCUGUCAGAGGCUGUCAAAAUGAUGAAAGGAGAAUACUGUGUUAAAGCCAUUGAUGAGCAUAAGAUGGACAAAGCUCUUGUGUUCUGCCGCACUAAAUUGGAUUGCGACAAUUUGGAGAAGUACUUCAAUCAACUAGGAGGAGGUCCACGCAAUCCCUCAAAUCCAUACUCUUGUGUAUGCCUCCACGGAGAUCGCAAGCCAGCUGAACGUAAGGAAAACUUGGAGGCUUUUAAACAGGGCAAAGUCAAAUUUCUGAUCUGUACUGAUGUUGCUGCUCGUGGUAUUGAUAUAAAUGGACUGCCGUUUAUGAUUAAUGUAACUCUUCCUGAUGAAAAAUCAAAUUAUGUUCAUCGCAUUGGCCGAGUUGGAAGAGCAGAGCGCAUGGGUCUUGCGAUCUCACUUGUCUCGACAGUACCCGAGAAAGUAUGGUUUCAUGGUGAAUGGUGUCCCUCCCGAGGUCGCAACUGCUCUAAUGCUCGAUUAACUAAUGAAGGGGGAUGCUGCAUUUGGUACAAUGAACACCAGUAUUUGGCGGAUAUAGAAGACCAUCUAAAUGUCACAAUUCAGCAAGUUGGUGCAGAUGUAAAGGUACCUGUUGACCAAUUUGAUGGGAAGGUUGUGUAUGGUCAAAAGAAGCUUAAUACUGGUAGUAGUUAUGAAAAUCAUGUGUCACAAAUGGCACCCGCCGUUCAAGAUCUGGCCCAACUAGAAAGCAAGGCCCAACUGAUUUAUCUGAAAAGACAUUUCUGUAAGGCUUGAUCUCGCUCAAAAAUAAUUCACUGUCCUUGGUUACAAGUUAAGCUGUUUCCAUCUCCUUUCCCCUCAUACUAUCAAUUAUGUGUUGUAAUUGAUAAAUUAUGAUUGCUUUUGUUAAUUUUGUUUUGUGUUUUUACUGGCUAAAAAUACUAAUGUUACCUCAGUACUUUAGUAAUAACAUUAUCUCAUAGGUUGUAUUGCA